AUGGAUGGAGAGGGAAAAUUAACAAGAGAGAAAACAAGGAAAACUAACUCUCUGCAAACUAACGAAUCGGACAUUCAUUCAAUUGAUUCCGAGCACAAAGACGCGGAUCUUAAGGAACUAACCGAGGGUUCACCUGCAAAACCCGAAGAAGAUUUGAUUCGAGUAGCUCGAGGCGACUCGUGGCGGCAUAAAUCCUCAUGGACCCAACUGAUUAGCUCAUCGAGCCAAAGUUCUUUUAGUAUUUCAGAGAUUGUCCCCGAUUUAAGUUUCCAAACCCUUGAACCGCAGGCCGGUGCACCGAUUAAGGAUCCGACCCGAACUGGAGUCGUUGCGAAGGCAACUGGGAGGAAAGAAAUUAGUUCACAACGAAAGAGAAAAAAGAUCAUUGACCAAUUCCCAUUACUGAGUUGGAUACGUUCAUACCAAAUGGUUAAGAUGGUUGAGCUUAGAGGACAUACAACUCGAGUUCUUUUCAUGGCACAUGUAUAGUGGUGUAUGCAUUUUGUUGUAAAGUCAAAAUGGUUAAUUUCAUAAGUUUGUUUCUUUUUCUUAUUCUUAUUCAGGACAUUGUACUUUGAUAAAUCCAUCCAUUUAUAACUUAUAGUUUCAAUUUUUCCUUUAUUAUACCAUUGUACUUUAAUUUUUUUUUCUCAUC